AUGCCAACCCCUAAGCGUCAUGAAACAGUUAAACGCCUUCAAUCGUGCUUUAAUUGUUUGCAACAGGGGCACAGUGUCAAGGGUUGUACUCGGGGAACAUGCAGACAGUGUGGAAAAGGGCAUUACACUCUUCUGCACCGCGACGACGCGAAACAGGAGACGGUCUCCUUAGAAGCUCUGGUCGAAACAACCACUUCGUGUGUGUCUAAUUCGGUUAGCGUCGCGACAGAAUACACCGUACUGUCCACGGCAAUCGUGUUUAUCAAGGAUAGGCAGGGUCGGAAACAUGAAUGUAGGGCUUUGCUAGAUGUAGGUUCGCAAGCGAACUUCAUAACUGAGGACUUACACAAUAGAUUGGAUCUCCCAUAUUCUCACAUCGAUGCAGCGGUGGGUGGUCUCGAUUUGUCAUGUCUGGUAAUAAAAACCAUUACCGAUGACACGCGAAAUUUUCCGCUAAGUAGCGUAAAGGUUUCAAGACCAACGGGCAUUACACUUGCUGAUCCGCACUUCGAUCAACCCUCGCGAAUCGACUUGUUAAUAGGAACUGGCAUUUUCUGGAAAUUGCUGUGCAUAGGACAGCACAAGAUAGAUUCAAGCGACUUGGUGUGGCAAAAAACGCGGUUAGGAUGGGUUCUGGGCGGUCGGGUAGGCUGGCUACCUGGUGCGAACGGAAAGGAAACCUCUACCUGCCACGUGGCGACUAACGAACAAUUGGACAGAGCGAUUUCUCAAUUUUGGAAAAUUGAAGACAGCUACCCUACAUCAAUGCGGACCACGAACGCGGCGGACGACCCUAGCGAACGGCAUUUCAAAGCCACGACGACACGUGACGAUGACGGACGAUACAUCGUAAAAAUUCCAUUCACCAGCAAACUAAGCGAUCUCGGCGAGUCGCGCACUCAGGCCGAAAAUCGUCUAUUAGGCAUGGAGCGUAGACUCGCCAAAGACCCGGAACUACACAGACAGUAUUGCGCAUUUAUGACGGAUUACGAAACAUUAGGACAUAUGACACGGAUCACAAACAAGAGAGUCAUUGAUGAACGUCCUAACUACUAUUUGCCACAUCACGCCGUGAUCAAAGAAUCCAGCUUCACCACAAAACUUCGAGUCGUCUUCGAUGGUUCCGCGAAAAGCUCGUCGGGUAUAUCGUUGAACGACACAUAG